AUGGAGCAGCAACAACUGCAAAAGGCGUAUCUCACCUCCCGGAGGACCACGAUGAUUACCGCGCUGGGUCGGGCAGAGGCAUUUGUGGCUGAUUUCGACGAGCAACGCGACCAAGGGCAGGUCGCAAUUCGGCUGGAGUACCUGAACAACAUGUGGACAACGCUGGAGGAGGUGCAAGGGCAGUUGGAGGACAUUGAGUGUGGUGAACAAGCGAAUUACAACCUGGCUUGGCAAACAUUGGUGGACAGGUACGCCAAUGAAUACCUGUUGAAGAAACGGCAUCUCCAAGCACUGUUCGAAAUCAACUCGGCUAAAAGGGAAACUGCUGCAUCUCUGCAUGCACUGGUGGAUGAAUUCCAGCGUCACACCAAGAUCCUGUGUCAACUAGGUGAACCAACGGAGUCCUGGAGCACCAUCCUAGAACAUCUAUUGUGCACAAAACUCCCUGACGACACGCUGAAAGCCUGGGAAGAGUACGCAUCAACCUCUAGCAACCCGAACUACGACUGCUUGAUCGAGUUUCUUCAGCGUCGUAUGCGCGUUUUGGAGUCCAUUCUGGACUCCCAAUUUCCGUGUAUCAUGUGCUUCACUUCCAAUUCCGCCUGCAAAUGUCCAGCUUGCAAUCAAGAUCAUCAUCCGCUUAUGAAGUGUGCAAGGUUCAAUCAGCAGUCUCAUUCCGAACGGCUGCGUUUCGUAUCGAGCAAGCACUUGUGUCACAAUUGCCUUAAAAGUGAUCACAUUGCUCGUAAUUGCUCAUCAACUUACAGCUGCAAGCAUUGCCGUAAACGCCAUCAUACGAUGCUGCAUUCCGGUGACGUCACUAGAUCUGUAAACGAUUCGCCUUCCACUGCAUCGUCUAUGUCGACGCAAGCUAUUCAGUCUGCUGCUUCAUCCGUUGCGGAAUCAGUUCCCCGAUCAUCCGUCGUAAAUGUUGAAGAGUGUUCCAGAGUCGUUGCCAGUGCCUCCGCUCCACAAUCUCGAGAAGACGUUUUUCUGCUGACGGUACUGGUGAAGGUAGUCGAUGCAUACGGACAAGACCACAUAGCACGUGUUCUGCUCGACAGUGCCUCUCAACCAAAUCUCAUCACGGAUCGUCUGGCACGACGAUUGCACUUGAAGCGGACUUCUGUGAACGUGACAAUUCAGGGAGCUGGAAAUACUUCAAAGAAAGUGAAGGAAUCAAUCUUUGCUCGAAUCAAAUCGCGGAACGACAGUUUUGAAUGCGGUGUGGACCUACUAUUAAUAAAUAUCUUGACUGCAGAUCUUCCAGCACAAGAUAUGUGCAUCGAAGACUGGCAGAUUCCUCAAAAUUUGUCAUUGACAGAUCCUAUGUUCAAUAAGAGCCAACAGAUUGUCAUGGUUCUGGUCAACAACUAUUCAGUAGAGGAGCACCACUGUGAGGAUUUCUUUCAAUCUACAACGUCUCGUGACGAGACAGGCCGCUACAUUGUCCGGGUACCACGGAAACCCGAUUUCGACGCGAUGCUAGGUGAAUCCAAAAUCGGUGCUCUUCGUCGCUUCGAGCAACUCGAGCGGCGACUAGAACGGGACCAAAAGCUGAAGGAAGAAUAUCACGAUUUCAUGAGGGAGUACCUCUCCCUCGGCCAUAUGCGAUUGGUCGAGUCGGACGAUGGAAACCACUCCCACACAUACUAUCUUCCUCACCACCCCGUAAUCAAGGAGGCAAGUACAACCACCAAAGUAAGAGUCGUAUUCGACGGCUCUGCUCGUACUUCAACCGGCUUCUCCCUGAAUGAAGCUCUCUGCGUGGGUCCGGUGGUCCAAGAUGACCUUCUUGCCAUCAUUCUCCGGUUUCUGACUCAUCCCGUAGCUCUGGUUGGUGACAUAGCGAAGAUGUACCGGCAGGUUGGCCUACACCCAGAUGAUUGUCCUUUGCAACGCAUUCUCUUCCGGUUCACAAAAAACUCCCCAGUUCAAACCUAUGAAUUGCAAACCGUCACCUACGGUCUAUCCCCUUCCUCUUUUCUGGCGACGCGAGCACUCCAGCAAGUUGCUUCGGAUGAAGGUAAUGACUAUCCAGUUGCCGGCCAAGCACUUCGGAAAAACUUUUAUGUAGACGAUUUUAUUGGAGGGGCGAAAACCAUCGAGGAAGCUAUCCAACUACGAGAAGAAUUGGCGAACUUACUCUUGAAAGGUGGAUUCAUGCUGAGAAAGUGGACAUCAAACCGCCUUGAAGUACUGCAGGGGCUCCAGGAUGACCAAAUCGGAACGCAAUCAAGCCUACAGUUCACACCAAACGAAUCGAUAAAAGCGCUUAGGAAUUCGAUGGGGAGCCAGAGUCCGACACACUUCGUUUCGAUUCCCCAAUACAGCAACGUAAUGAGCCUCCAACAAAGCGAUCAAUCCUCUCCGACAUCGCUAGACUCUUCGAUCCGCUCGGCUUAA